UUCCGCUUAGCGUCGCGUAGCUGCUGGCCGCGGUCCGCUCGCUGUGCCGCUACCUCGGCCGCCCUGUGCCCUGCGCUGGGUGAGGGAGCCGCAGGGAGAUCACCGCAGACCCGAAGCCAGGACAUGUCUAAGCCAUCUUCCUGUGUCUAUAUAUGUGGGAUGUUUAAGGAUUCGGUGGUGUUUGAGGAUGUGACUGUAAACUUCACCCAAGAAGAAUGGGCUCUGCUGGCUCCUUCACAGAAGAAACUCUACAGGGAUGUGAUGCGGGAAACUAUCAGGAACCUCGCUUCUGUAGGGAAAAAAUGGGAAGACCACAACAAUGAAGACCAGUACCAGAGGAGAUAUCUAAGAAGCCAUAUGCUAGAGACAGUCUGUAAAAGUGAAGAAGAUAAUCAACGUGGAGAAAAUUUCAGCCAGAUUCCAACCCUCAGUGUGACCAAGAAUGCUACAGGAGUAAAACCAUAUGAAUGCAAUAUCUGUGGAAAAGGCUUCAUGUGUUACUCAUCCCUUAACAGGCACAACAGAUCUCACACAGGACACACACUGUAUGAGAAGCCAUAUAACUGCAAGGAAUGUGGCAAAGUCUUCAGUUAUCUCAAACCUUUUGAAAGACAUGCAAGGACUCACACUGGAGAAAAACCCUAUAAGUGUAAGCAGUGUGGAAAAACCUUCAUGUAUCAUCAACCCUUUCAAACACAUGAACGGACUCACAUUGAGGAGAAACCCUAUAAAUGUAAGCAGUGUGGCAAAGCUCUCAGUUGUCCCAGUUCUCUUCGAAUUCACGAAAGGAUCCACACUGGAGAAAAGCCCUAUCAAUGCAAAAAAUGUGGGAAAGCCUUUAGUUGUCCCAGUUCUAUAAGAAUCCAUGAAAGAACUCACACUGGAGAAAAACCCUAUAAAUGUAAGGAAUGUGGAAAAGCCUUCAUUUCCCACACCAGUGUUCAGACACACAUGGUAACGCACAGUGGGGAUAGACCUUAUAAAUGUAAGGAAUGUGGGAAAGCGUUCAUUUUUCCCAGUUUUUUACGAGUACAUGAAAGAAUUCACACUGGAGAGAAACCCUAUACAUGUAAACAAUGUGGAAAAGCCUUCCGAUGUUCUACUUCCGUGCAAAUUCAUGAAAGAAUUCAUACUGGAGAAAAACCCUACAAAUGUAAGGAAUGUGGGAGAGCCUUCAGUGCUCGUGCAGCCUUCCGGGUACACUUGAGAGUGCACACUGGAGAGAAACCCUAUAAAUGUAAAGAAUGUGGGAAAGCUUUCAGCCGUAACAGCUACUUUCGAAUACAUGAACGCACGCACACUGGAGAAAAACCUUAUGAAUGUAAAAAGUGUGGGAAGACCUUCAAUUAUCCCUUAGAUUUGCAGAUACAUGAAAGAAAUCACACUGGAGAAAAGCCUUACGAAUGUAAGGAAUGUUCGAAAGCCUUCAUUUCUCUCGAAAACUUUCGAAGACACAUGAUCACACACACUGGUGAUGGACCUUAUAAGUGUAGGAUAUGUGGGAAGGCAUUCAUUUUUCCCAGUGCCUUUCGAACACAUGAAAGAACUCACACUGGAGAGAAACCCUAUGAAUGUAAACAAUGUGGAAAGGCCUUCAGUUGUUCUAGUUAUGUUCAGAUCCAUGAAAGAACUCAUACCGGAGAGAAACCCUAUGAAUGUAAGUUAUGUGGGAAAGCCUUCUUAUCCCACAAGCUUUCAAGGACACAUGAGGACACAUACUGGAGAGAAACCCUAUAAAUGUAAUGAAUGUGGGAAAGUCUUCAGUCUUCACAGUUCCUUCCAGAGACAUGAAAGAACUCACAGCAGAGAGAAACCUCUUAAGUGUAAGCAGUGUGGAAAAGCCUUCCGUU